UGCCGGAGGUUGAGGGUUGAGGUGCGCAUGCCUGGGGAAUCUCAGUGUUGCGUUCAGUUUGUUUUGUUCCGUCGACGGUAGAUGACAACACAAGGCACACGCUCAUGGAGAAAUGGCUGAACGAGAGGCGCCUCUGGCUCUUCGGCAAUAACCUUCCGCUGCUUCCUCGCAGGUCGAGGGCGUCUUCAAGGCUAAUGGAACGGUAUGAAAAGUUGGCAAAGCUUGGCGAAGGAUCUUAUGGCGUGGUUUUCAAGUGCCGGAAUCGAGAAACGGGCCAGACGGUGGCGAUAAAGAAAUUUGUCGAGUCCGAAGAAGAUCCACUCAUCAGAAAGAUCGCUCUUCGGGAAAUAAGGCUACUCAAGAGCCUGAAGCACCCGAACCUGGUGAACCUGUUGGAGGUGUUUCGGCGCAAGCGCAAACUGCACCUGGUGUUUGAGUUCUGCGACCACACAGUUCUGCAUGAGCUGGAGCGACACCCGGGAGGAUGCCCCCCUGACCUCGUGCAGCAGAUAGUCUGGCAGACGCUGCAGGGCGUCGCCUACUGCCACCAGCACAACUGCAUCCACCGCGACAUCAAGCCCGAGAACAUCCUCCUCACCGCACACGGCGUCGUCAAGCUCUGCGACUUCGGAUUCGCCCGCAUCAUGAAUCCAGGAGAGAACUACACAGACUAUGUAGCUACUAGAUGGUACAGGGCUCCAGAGCUUCUGGUUGGGGACACACUCUACGGCCCCCCGGUCGAUGUCUGGGCAAUAGGUUGUGUAUUCGCUGAACUAGUCAGAGGAGAAGCCCUUUGGCCUGGGAAAUCUGAUGUUGACCAAUUGUAUCUUAUUCGAAGAACUUUAGGCGAUCUAGUCCCAAGACACAUGCAAAUAUUCAAAUCCAACGAGUUUUUCGCUGGCAUCACUCUUCCUACACCAGAUACACAAGAGCCAUUGACAGAAAAGCUGCCCAACUAUGUGCUGGCUGAUCCUAACGUGCUCGACUUCUUGAUGAAAUGCUUGGAAAAAGAGCCUGGAAAUAGAUGGACUUGUGAUGAUCUACUGAAGCACCCUUAUUUUGAAAACUACCAUUUCAAAAUUCCAGAGAAAGAGUUGGAGGAGUUUGAAAAACUGAGGAAGCUGAGAGAUCGAUCAAGGAAUUCAAGUUACAGCACAGUUUUGCCGGCGACCCUGCUACCUCAGCUGGCGAGCAACGGGCCCAGUCCGGAGUACAGUCGCAACCUGCACCCUCCCACCAUGAACGGCCGCACCCCGCAGCAGGCAUUCGAGCACCUGCCUGACAUAUGACACAUACCACGCUAACCGGCAAACCACUACCUUCACACCAAAUUGAACUGAUAGACCGCUACAUCGCUCAAACUGUUACCGCACUGAUUUCUCACACAGUGGUAAUCGGGUCAGAACACUCGAUAAAUGAAAUCAAACUACUUCUAUAAUAUUGUAAAUAGAAUAAUUAUUUAGAAGUAUUGUGAUUGAUUUAGAAGUUACUGUGAUCGAAUGAUAAACUUUCCAAAGUGAUGAACACUAGAAAGAUUGAAACUAGGAGAAGGAAGUUCUCACCAGAGUACGGGAUGUAGAUCCAGCUAUUUUAAGGUUAGACUGGGGUAUGGGCUCACAUAAUAAUUCACACAAAUCAACUGUACUAUGCUACAAUUUUGACAAGCAAAGGAAUCGAUAGUAUUGAAAUAUAGCUAUUUUGGAGAUUGUAAAAUUGAAAACUUCUUAUUUUAACCAAAGUCUCUAUCUAUUAAAUAAAAUUCUUCAGAUUGUUACCAUGAAUGUCAUCUGAAAAAGGUGACACCUCGAUAUUCUGGAAAGUAGACUUUGCAGUUUGAUAGGAUGAUUCAGCUUGGAAGUUGAUUAAGAAAAUCACAAGUAAAAUAUUGUAAUAUUAUUGAAAAGUAAACUGAGCAAGCAACGGUUGCUCGCAACGAAAUUUUCCCUUUGAGAAAAUUUAGUUAUUUGAAAGAGAUUCCAUUUUUUUGUUAAUAUUGGUUGAGAAGAGAAAUAUUUUGAACUGAAGUUAGUAAAGUAUAAAGCUAAUGUUCCAUAUUGAAUAUACUGUACAUCGGGGCAGGAGCAGUUUUGGACUGAGCCUGUUGAUCCUCCACCAAAUUAUUUUAAAAAAUAAUUGGGUAUCAUUGAAUCAAUAAAAUAAUAAAGAAUAAUAUUCAACGCUAAGAUUCUGUUAUCAGAUAUGAAUCACUAAACAAUUCUAUUCUUAAAUAGAUGAAAGCAGAACAUACUUUUCAAGUCUCUUCAUAAAAAUAAUUCUAAAUAAUCAAAAAGCCGAAUUCGGCUGACCAUAUUUAUUCCUAUUCAUGGUUAACUAUUUCAAGGCAUAUACAUGUUAUAUGAAUGUUAGAAAUAAAAAUACUGUUCAUGGAUGUGAUCAAAUACUCAAAUACAAAAAUGAAGAUCUUUUGGGUAUUUUCAACCAAAAGUAAUCAAUCAGUUCCGGGGAUUUUUAAUCAAUGGCUCUUAAUGUAGAGAUAAUGAAAGAUGAUUUGUGAUAAGAUAUGAUUAAUCCACUACUUUCACCAACAUACAUGUUGAUUUUCCUGUAUCUAUUUCUUCAAAGUGCAAGAACAGGAAAAUCAUUUUCAGUUGAAAUUUAUUUUAUCCCUGAGAGAGCUUAAUAUAAUUAGUAAUGAUUCACGAAAUACGAGAUUUUUUUACAAAUGCAACUAGUGAUGAUUGGUCUAGAGCUGAUAUAUUGUGAUACUUAUUAAAUAUAUUACUGUAUUAUAAAUUACUUUUAAAUAGCUUUUAUACAACUAAUUGUAACGUAAUAUUAUCAAACUCAUUCACUAAAGUUAAACAAACAACAUAAGGUUACUAAAAAAUAUUAAUGGAUCAACCUAAAAAUUUAAUUCAGUUCAUAAAGCUUCUUGGAUCAUAGCAUUCGAAGGCUAUGCAGUCUCAACGUUAUUAAUAUUUUCGCACAUAAUCAUUGUCAUGUUGGAGCAGUAGUUAUAAAUAUAAAAUUGUUAUAGAUUUAUUGAAAUUAGGCUUCAGAGGCCUGAUAUGAACAAUAGUAAUUAUUUAAUUAUUUUGAUUCACUAGUUUAGCUGAAAAAUAAAAUCAAAAAUUAAUCUUUAUGAUUGAGUACAAAAUCCAAGUUAGUUAUUACUGUAAUUUUUCAAAUAGAUAGAUUUGUACAUGUAAUAUAUUUGUCAAUAUUGUUAUAAAAUGAAUUGGAAUGAAAACAUUGUUUUAAAAUACUCUAGAAAAUCUGUUAAUCAUGUUGUAAGAUAAGCAAUGAUUUAUUAUUUUGUGAAUAUUGUAGAUAAAAUGGAUAAUU